ACAACAAGUGCAUUGAUUGAGGCUCGUUUUUGUUUUCAUUUCGUAUGAAAUACAAAUUGCCUUUUUUCUGAAAUAAUGAGCAGGUGUCCUCGCUGCAACUGUGUAGCAGCGGGACAGAAUCGUCUAGUCACCGACAGUUGUGGCCACAACAAGUGUCGCUUGUGUCUGUUGGCAGAUGUAGCAGAUUGCUCAGAAUGCAAAUUAACAAUGGAACUACCCGUGGCAGAUGCUGGAGAGCAACCAGUGGAGGAGGUCCCAUAUAAACAUAUUACUAGCACAACACAAGGUUAUCAUUGUGCUGUGUGCGACAAGUCCUUUCGCAGUCGCACACAACAGUAUUAUCAUCGUGGAUGCGGAAAUGAGCUCCUCAAGAAGUUUCACUGCACGCAAUGCUCACGUCGCUUUGCCACACGGUCGCAUCUGAAGUAUCACCAGAACAGCCAUACCACUCCCAGUUAUAGCUGUUCCAAUUGCAGCAAAACCUUUAGGCAGGAUUUCCUUUUGCAACGUCAUAUGCGUACCCACAACACAUCUGCCUUUACCUGUGAAGAAUGCUCAAGAAUCUUUCGCAGCCAAAGCGCCCUGAAUGCGCAUGCUGUACUGCACAGCGGCAACAGCUUACCAUACAAAUGUGUUGACUGUUCAAAACACUAUCUAACCAAGGCUAAUUUAAGGCAGCAUCGAAUGAAGCAUGAACCGAGUGGCCCACGGCACAAGUGCAAUGUGUGCAAUAAGUGCUUCCUACGUUCCUCCACACUUAGAUUGCACCAAGCACGGCACACGAAGCGUCCGCGCCAUGAGUGCUCCCAAUGCAACAAGACCUAUAAUGAUGUGGAUGCACUCCAGCGGCAUCUGAAGCAACAUACAGCCAAUCAGCGCUAUCAAUGCCUACAAUGUGACGUCACAGUUAAUCGGCGUGACAAUAUGCAAAGACAUAUGCGUGCCAUGCAUCCUGGCAUUCAAUUCGAUGCGGGCGUAAAAGUUUUAGAUGUUGAACAAAGCACUACGACUAUACCAGCUGCUACAGAGCAGAUGGCUGCACCGAAUCUUCGCUAUAACAGUGUCAUCAAGAGUGUGGGCAAUGUGGUGCCGGUGGUGGUGCCUGAACUGGAGGUGGAAACACCACUGCCGGACAAAAUGCAAAAAGAGAAUGUAAAAUUGUAUCGCAAAAUCAUACUGGAUUUAGAUAACGAAGAGUACUCGAAUGAACUGAGUUGCACUGGCCUGGACAUAGACGAAACAGCGACAACGGCUGAGCAACUCGGAACACAGCAAGCAGAGCCACAACAUCAACCAUUGCCUGACCAGAGCAGCUCCAGCUUUAGGCAUUGGCGCAAGAAUUUCAAAUACUUCUACGAAAAUGAGCACACCAAUUAAACAGUAUUAGCAAUUGAUUGCAAAUCCUUUAGAAAGUGAAUAGGAUAUUUCGGAAGAUCCCUAAGAAUUUAAACUAGAUGUGAACUGAUCAAUUGACAUAAAGUAUAACAAGCAUUAUAACGAGCUGGGGUCAAUAUAGUUAUUUAUACAUAUAGCUAUAUGAAUUGCUGGCCUGAUGCCAUAUGAUACACUAGCAGAGGGUAUAUUAACUAGGUUAUGCUGCGUGUAAUGCAUAUAAAAAGGGCAACUCUAUAGCUAUGUAGCUCUUAGCUAUGAACAUGCUACAUUAGAUAAGUAUAUAUAUCUUAUUCCAAAUAUAGGUGUAAAGAUUUCUUGUCGUGUGAUUGAUUAUUAACUAUAUAAAAACUAGU